AUGGGGAAGGAAAUGGAAGGUGGAAAGCGUAACAAUGUUGAGCUAUUUUUCUUAGCCACUCUCAUAUUCUGGCUUACCUCCGUUUGUUUCCAGAUAGUUCUCACAAACCGAACCCAGCUUCUCUACAUCAUCGCCGGUUCCUUCUUCUACCAGACUUCUAACUCUCUCAUCCGUUUCUUCUCCUCCAAUGACCCUCUCUUUGUUAACACCUCAGUUUCCCUUCUUCAUUCCAUCGUUACCUCUACUUCAGUGGUCUUCAUCUUGUCCACACAGUGGUUAAAUAAUGGGUUGAGCGCAAUGUUUGAUCACUCGCAGUUGGUUGAAGGUACUUGGUCAUGGGCAUUUGAAGCAUUGUCUUUUUCCUGUGGUUACUUUGCAUAUGAUCAAUGGGAUAUGCUUCAUUACCGCUUAUAUAGUGGUUGGAUCCCUUCUAUUCUUGUGCAUCAUCUGGUUCUCCUUAUUUGCUUCACUCUUGCUUUGUAUCGAAAUGUCACUAUCAACUACCUUAUUCUUACUCUUAUCUGCGAGCUGCAUUCCGUCUUUCUACAUGUGAGAAAGGUGCGUGUCCCACAUUCUCAUCACGGGAUGAAUUUUCUGAACAUUGGUCUUGGCAUUGAUCUCUUUAAAGCUUUUAAGAGAGAGAGGAAGUCUCAGCAAGCUAAUCGACAUCAACAUCGUGAAUGA